AUGCUGCAAAUGAAAAGCCUACCGCUUGACUCGAGAAAUGUUAUAUACAUAACAAUUCAAAUUCGCAAAUUGGUAAUCGAUCCCGAAUAUCACAUAAAACAGCUUCCUAAACUUUCAAAAGAAGAAAAAAACGUACCUGUGCGCGUCUACGACUCACUCGACGCCAUUAUAUCUGGAGGUAUAGAAAUCCAUGGGCAGAGGCUCGUAGCUAUAUCACGUCGACCAGCAAACAUUGAACCUGUACACGAGGAAUAUAAGUUCAUUGCUUACCGCGAUUAUACCACGAUCUCCUUAAAAGAUGCAGUGCAAAUAUCAAUACAGAUUGCGCUUGAAUGUCACGAACUGAGAAAUGUCAAAGUGAUCGAGAUCGUUGAAGACGAUGACAAAAUUCAGCAGGAGGAUCUAGUUACUCCAAUUGUCUACGAAGUUCUAAGCAACUUGCCGUUAGUGCAACCUAAUCUCACGUUGGUUGCGACGGAAAAUAGAUGCGACAGUUCCUUGUUACCUCAAAAUCUAUCAAUCAUACAACCUAACAAAGCAUUUAAAGAUGAUACGUUCUUGAUGGCCGUUGGUGUCGGAAUAUUAACGAAGGGUGCACGCACAUUACUGUCCAAUGUAAUAGCUGAAGGCUUUCUGUUUACCCAGGAGGAUCUCAAUGUCACAUACGAUAACGAGCUUCUGCAAAAGUGCAAUUUGAAUAUCAUUUUGGAGAAACGCACAGAACGGGAGUCUGUGUUGCUCUUAAGAAAGGUGCAAAAUGUCAUAACCAGACGAGAAGUCGUGCAUAUAAAUAAUUACGAGUUCUCGUGGAUCGAAAAGCUAAAAUCUGUGAUGGACGCUGACGACGAGACGAAUUCAAGAAUAACACUCGUUGCUGAAGGUGACUCUGAGUGCGGUGUUUUAGGAUUUGUAAAUUGUUUGCGAAAGGAACCAGGCAACGAAACAGUUAGAUGUGUCUUCAUUCAAGAUAAAAACGCGCCCAAGUUCUCCUUGCAAGAACCUUUCUAUAUGAAUCAGCUGGCGAUUCAUGAUGAUAUUAAUACUAUACGCUGGGUCGAAAGACGGAUAUCUCCCAAAGUCAAGCAUGAAAGUGUCAUCCAUACAACUUAUGCGACACUGAAUUUUAGAGAUAUUAUGAUAGCAACUGAUAAAUUGACGUUGGAAUCUUUUCAAAAGAUUAAACGUGAUAUCGAUUCUUUCUUAGGCUUAGAGGUCGUUGGUUAUGAUAGAUCUGGACAGAGAAUAAUGGCAAUAUGCUCUAACAGAGGCAUAUCAAAUGUUUUAAUGAACGACCCAAUUUUAUCCUGGAUUAUACCCGAUGAAUGGACAUUCGAGGACGCUGCCACAGUUCCAUGUGUUUAUGCUGUAUGCUGCUACGCUCUCUAUGAGAAAGGAAAGAUGAAGAAAGGAGACAAAGUUCUUAUUCAUUCCGGCAUCAGCAGUGUCGGUCAAGCCGCGAUUCAUCUCGCACUUUACGAGGGAUGCGAAGUAUUUACGACAGUCAGGACUUUGGAGAAACGACAAUUCAUUAGAGAUACAUUCCCUUCGAUUCUUGACGAUCAUAUCGGCAAUUCUCGUGACACAAGUUUCGAACAAAUGAUCUUUCAGCAGACAUACGGUCAGGAGGUGGAUAUUGUGUUAAAUUCCUUAGCUGAGGAGAAGCUUCUGGCAUCUAUUCGCUGCUUGGCGAAAGGUGGUCGAUUCUUGGAAAUAGGAAAACAUGACUUGAUUGCCGAUAAUAUCCUGGACAUAAUGGUUUUUGCAAAAAGCAUCAGUUUUCACGCGGUUAUGUUGGACAACAUAAUAAAUUCCAUUACAGAAAAUAUCAUAUAUAAUAAAAUUAUAUAUGAUUAUAUCUCGCAAGGUAUGAAAAGCACCUCAAUAAAACCACUCCCGAGGAAAGUUUUUGAAAAGUCCGAAGUAGAGGUUGCUUUCAAGUACAUGGCAGCUGGUAAACACAUAGGAAAGAUCCUGAUAAAAAUAUAUGACGAAAACAAGCCAUUAGGUUUUUCUAUUUUAGCUUAUCCACAAUUUUUCUGCAAGUAUCACAUGUCUUAUAUAAUUUUGGGCGGCUUAGGCGGCUUCGGUUUAGAAUUAGCCGAUUGGCUGAUUCUUCACGGAGCAAAGAAUCUUCUUCUAACUUCACGGACCGGAUUGCGAAACGGUUACCAGCGCUCAAAGAUAGAACUAUGGAAAUCCUACGGGGUGAAUGUGCAAAUUGUCGCGGGUGCUGAUGCCUCCGAUCACAAGGACUGUGCAUUCAUCUUGAAUUCUGCCGCUGAAAUGGGACCGGUGGACGCUAUAUUUAAUCUUGCUGUGGUGAUGAAAGAUUCUCUCUUUAAGAAUCAGACCGCUGAAUCCUUUGAAGUAGCAUUCAAACCGAAAGCAAUGGCAACGAAGACGAUGGACAAGCUGUCUAGGAAGAUGUGCCCUGAUCUGCAGCAUUUCGUCGUUUUCUCGUCCUUCUCGUGCGGUCGAGGAUUCGCCGGAAUAUCUAAUUAUGGUAUGGCCAAUUCUAUCAUAGAGAGAAUGCGUGAGAGGAGAAUACAAAACGGAUUACCUAGAAUGGCUAUUCAAUGGGGUUCGGUGGACGAUGCUCACUGA